AUGGGCUCUCGACUUAGCUUCUCUUCUCGCCAAGAACCCACCGGUCUUACACCAGCCCAUAAUUCAGAACCCGGGAGCCAUGCUCACACAUCCGAUCCACGUACCCGGAGUCUUUCUCACGUGCCAAACUCAAGCGAGUCUGCAGCACGACACCCACGAAGCUCCUCUGACCGUCGCCGUUCUGGGCAACCAGACGUAGUGCGCCAGAAUGAGGCUUCAGUCAUGGCGCUGAACCGUUUAAUCGCAGAAUUAGAAAGCAGUGGACUAACUAGUGAAGAUGCCCAACUCCUACGCCUUAUCCAAAAUUACCGGUCCUCUUCCUCCAGCGGUCAUGAUUUAGACAGCAAUUCGAGACGGACCGCUCGGUCCCAGUCACUGGCGGAUUCUUGGCUGCUUGUAGAGCCAGCCGGCAUCUCAAGAUCGCAUCCUCGUCACUCCGGUCCGCCUCCUCGUCAUAGGCGAGUUCGCCGUGGGAGGACGACUUCUUCAACGAUACCCGGAGAGGAGGAGGAAAGAAUUGAGGCCUCAACAAGCAGACCUACCGAGGGCGGCGCUUCCGGCCCA